AUGUUCUUGGCCGAAGAUAGAGCUGAUAUUGAGGCGUUAAGAAUGAAGGUUAUGAAAUCGAAGUACGUCAAUCGAAAUAAGAAACCCCGAUUGGAUGAUACUGAAGACGAUGGCACCAAAAUUCCGCAUAGGUAUUAUUCAUUGGUUGUGUAUACUGCAAAAACCGAUAAGCGGUCGAGAUUACAAUAUCACCAUGAANAAAGUGGUUGUAGCUUCGACGCUCGUAUCAAAUGGCCUCAUUGCCCUUCCAUUUCCUAUAUCCGUGACCAGUCACAAUGCGGCUCUUGUUGGGCUAUCUCAUCUGCAGAGGCUAUGUCAGACCGUGUUUGCAUCGCUUCGCACGGCAAUAAGACGGUUGAACUCUCAGCGGACGACAUCAUGAGCUGCUGCUUUGAGUGUGGUUCUGGACCAUACGAAAUCCCACCGUGCGGUAUUCAUAAAAAUGAGACCUUCUACGGUAAUUGCACUCAAGAAGUCGACACACCUGAUUGUAAAACCACAUGUCAAGCCGGGUAUCCGAUUUCUUACGACGACGACAAAACGUACGGAAAGACGUCGUACGAUGUUGCGAACUCAGUGCUUGCCAUUCAGAAGGAAAUUAUGACCUUUGGACCAGUGGUCGCAGUUUUCACUGUAUAUGACGACUUCUUUUACUAUAAGACCGGGAUUUACAAGCAUGUCUCUGGUGAAGCGGAAGGAGGUCACGCCGUGAGGAUUCUUGGAUGGGGUCAACAAGGUGGAGUCCCCUACUGGCUGGUUGCUAACUCAUGGAAUACUGACUGGGGAGAGAAUGGUUACUUCCGUAUACUUCGAGGAUCGGAUGAGUGUGGAAUAGAAGAUGGUGUGGUCGCUGGACAAGUCUGA